AGAAUACUCUAGAAAAAUAUAUUUAGUUACACAAUUUUUCUGUUUCCUAUCCGUCACGCCCUAACCUCUGACCUCCCAUCUAAAACCCUAAACCUCAGCAGCACCUAAGUCGCCCACUUCUCACUUUUCUCUAGCGCAAUUAGUUGGUUGAACAAUGAAUUUCAAUAACGUCAAGGUUCCAAAAGUGCCGAGUGGUGGGGCGGCAUCUGCUUUAGUUAAGUUUGGAAUUUUUGGUGCUCUUGGACUGUAUGGUUUGAGUGAGAGUAUUUACAAUGUAGAAGGUGGUCAUCGAGCAAUUGUAUUUAAUCGUUUGCAAGGCAUUAAGAAUCAGGUUUAUCCAGAAGGAACUCACUUGAUAAUUCCAUGGUUUGAGAGGGCGAUCAUCUAUGAUGUACGCGCACGUCCUCAUCUGAUUGAAAGUUCCUCUGGAAGUCGGGAUCUCCAAAUGGUGAGGAUGAGUCUUCGGGUGCUUACUCGUCCUGUACCAGAUACAUUGCCUACUAUUUACCGAACUCUUGGUGAAAAUUAUAAUGAAAGAGUGUUGCCAUCUAUUGUCCACGAAACUCUGAAAGCUGUGGUUGCUCAAUACAAUGCUAGUCAACUCCUUACUCAGCGUGAGGCUGUCAGUAGGGAAAUAAGGAAGGUAAUGACAGAAAGGGCUGCACACUUUAACAUUGCUCUGGAUGAUGUGUCCAUCACAAACCUUACUUUUGGUAGGGAGUUCACUGCUGCAAUUGAAGCUAAACAAGUGGCGGCACAGGAAGCUGAAAGAGCCAAGUUUAUCGUCGAAAAAGCUGAGCAAGACAAGAAAAGUGCCAUCAUCAGAGCACAGGGAGAAGCCAAGAGUGCUCAACUCAUUGGUCAAGCUAUUGCCAACAACCCAGCUUUUAUUACUUUGAGGAGAAUUGAAGCUGCCAGGGAGAUUGCUCACACUGUCUCUAAUUCAUCAAAUAAGGUGAUGUUGAGCUCCGACGACCUUCUUCUCAAUCUCGGUGACAUGACACCCGAGAGUAUUCCGGUCGGGAAAAAGUAAAAUGGUACAAAGAAUAUCGAUGCACCUGAUGGGUCUACCGUGGAAUGAGGAACUGCAGGAUUGAAUUCGAAGGUAUUCAAUGGAAGAAAUUUUUUUUGGAAGAAGGCAGGCUUUGAUAUGAUUAUAAUCAGUUUCUUAGACUUUUGAAUAUUAAUUGACAUGUGUUACUAAAACUUUCGCUUCUGAAUAAGCAACCACACUAUGCAUCUUUCGUAUGUUUUUCAUGUUACAAAGCAAAAAUUAUUGUAUUUUUCACCGUAUUAUUAAUUUAGUUGAGGAUUUUUGUUGGGUAA